AUGUUAGCUUAUCUGGCCCAAAACCGUCUCAUUCACAAAAGAUACACGUUGGUGCGUAAAAUUGGUAAUGGGCAGUUCGGAGCCGUAUGGCGUGUGAUUGAUAAGCAAGAUCUGAGUGUUCCAAUGGUGGCAAAGAUUGUGUCCAAGUAUAAAAAUAUGAAACGGGAUGUGAGUUUUGAUAGAGAACUAGAAGUUUUCAAGAGUUGUGGUCACGUAUCUGGAAUUCCGAAGUUGCUCCAUCAUUUCACUCACGUAGGAUGGAAUUGCAUCGUUCUCUCUUUGGAGGGACCGAGUUUGUCAGAUGUGGUUGCUCGCAACAACAAUAAGCCGUUGUCGACAGAGAACGUGCUCCGUAUUGCGUGGAAAUUGGGAUCGACUUUGUCUGAAAUCCAUAAUGCUGGCUUCAUUCAUAGGGACGUACACAGCCAAAAUGUUCUGCUUACCCUUGAAAAGAAGCAGUGUCGUGUGAAACUUUCGGAUUUCGGAUUUGCCAUUCGAUGGAAAAAUGAGAAAAAUGAAAGUUGGCACCACAGAAGGAGGACUAUCAGUUUCAUCGUUGUGUACAUUCUAGCCUGUCAGUCAUGAAGGGAAAUCCGCACACUUGUAGAGAUGACUGGAUUUCGCUAAUUUAUUUAUGUGUUGAACUGCAUGGCAAAAACUUGGGCGGUAGCCUAACUGAAAUGUACGAUGCAAAAAUGGAAUUUCAUUCGAACAGAGACUGGCUUUAUAUCGGUAACCGCAAAUGGACUUAUGAGCUGUACAAUGUGAUCAUGAACUGGAUGACCGAAGAUACUCUUGAUAAUCAGGAAAUUCUUCGUUUCCUGAGAAAAUCUAUUGUUCGAUUUGACUGUAACUCACCAAUUGAUUAUGAGAUGGUCAACGGAAAGCUCAUUCUUCAGUAG